GCAGAGAGGAGGGAGUGCAUAGGCAAAGGGGAGAAGAAGGCUGUUCCAGCCUUGUACCUGCCCUCCAGGUGUGCUCACAACUUUGAGGAAUGUCAGAGACGGCAGACCAAGGUCUGAGUCACACACAACACUCCAUAAAACUGCCUGGUUUCUUUCAUUUGAACUUUUCCCUAAAGUGGAGGGGAAGACCUGUCUCUCCAGAAGCGGACUGAGAUCCAGAGCUCCUUUCUGCAGACUGAUUUCACUUGGAUACAAUCUUUAUGCCACCUUGGACAAGGAAGGGAGCUGAGAUUUGAUAUACAGAACCACACCAGGUCCAAGAAGCUGUAGAUAAAGCGGACGCGUUGAUCCUAUGGUUCUGAAACAGAGAAAACCUUUGUCCGGUGGGGAGAUGCCUCUCCUGAACACCUUUGGUCUUCUGCUGCUACUCCUGGUCCUCCCGCUAUCUGAAAGCAACAAAGUUAAUAGAUGUGUGGCUUCCAGGUCACAGACUUGCACGGCCUGUAUCCGAGUGGACAAGGACUGCUCCUAUUGCACAGAUGAGAACUUCCGUGAUGCUCGUUGUGACCUGCGUGAGAAUCUCUUAGAAUAUGGUUGCAGUGAAAAGGGGAUUGUGUACAUGAAGAGUGAGAUUUUGACCAAGCAGAAUGUGCUAAUUAACACCAGCAUGAAGAAGACCCAAGUCUCUCCCCAGUUAAUGUCCAUGCGCCUUCGUGCAGGGGAGGAAGCCUCAUUUGACUUGCAUGUGUUUGAGCCACUGGACACACCUGUAGAUCUGUAUAUCUUGAUGGAUUUCUCAUACUCCAUGUCUGAUGAUUUGGACAACCUUAAGCGUAUGGGACAAGAUCUGGCUGAUUUGGUUAGCACCCUUUCCAGUAAUUAUACCAUUGGCUUUGGAAAGUUUGUGGACAAAGUGUCGGUUCCACAGACCGAUAUGAGGCCAGAGAAGCUCAAACAGCCCUGGCCCGACAGCACUCCUCCUUUCUCUUUCAAAAAUGUCAUCCCACUGACAAGUAAAAUUUCUCAUUUCCGUGAGGAGCUGAGAAAGGAGAAAAUAUCUGGAAAUCUUGAUGCUCCUGAAGGGGGAUUUGAUGCCAUCCUACAGACUGCUGUAUGCACGAAUCACAUUGGCUGGAGAAGGGGAAGCACCCAUCUCUUGGUAUUCUCCACGGAAUCCGCAUUUCACUACGAGGCAGAUGGCAUGAACGUCCUGGAUGGAAUCUUAGCAAGAAAUGACGAACAGUGCCAUUUAGACAUGACUGGCUUGUACACCUACGAUACCGUCCAGGAUUACCCAUCUGUCCCCACCCUUGUCAGAUUGCUUGCUAAAAAUAAUAUUAUCCCAAUUUUUGCUGUGACCAACUAUUCCUACAGCUACUAUGAGAAGCUGAGUAAAUAUUUUACGCUUGCUGAGAUUGGCGAACUGCAAGAAGAUUCUUCCAACAUUGUAGACCUUCUGCGGGAAGCUUUCAAACAAAUUCGCUCAAGAAUGGAUAUCCGCCAUGACAACACCCCACGUUCCAUGAAUAUUACAGUGUCGUCCAAUACCGCUAAACUCACCGAGACAGGAUCUUUCCAGGUUACUCGGGGGGAAGUGGGCACAUUCCAGGUGAAGGUGAAAGCAGUAGAACAGGUUGGUGGGCAGCACGUGUGUAACCUUCCACCACAGGACAAGGCAGGCAAAGUCCUCAUCAAACCAUCCUCCUUUACAGAUGGCCUACAGAUCGAUGCUUCUGUCAUGUGUGAUGUGUGUCCCUGCGAGCUGCAAAAGGAGUUAGAUUCUCCCAAAUGCAGUUACAAUGGACACUUUGUGUGUGGACGCUGUGAGUGCAAAGAACGCUGGCGCGGAGAAACCUGUAACUGCUCAGCCGAGGAAAACAGAGACAGCGGAGCGUGCAUUGCCCCGGGGAGUCAGGAGGUCUGCUCUGGACGUGGAGAGUGUAUCUGUGGUGUAUGCCAGUGUAUUUCAGAGUCCCAGCAACACCAGUAUGAGGGGGAAUUCUGCCAGUACAAUAACUUCCAGUGCCCACGGACUGGUGGCUUUAUGUGCAAUGACAGAGGGCGUUGUUACAUGGGAGCAUGUGUGUGUGAACCUGGCUGGGAAGGGCCAGGGUGCGAGUGCCCGACCAGCAAUCAGACAUGCCUGGAUAGGAAUGGGGGUCUUUGUAACAAUCGUGGGAAGUGUGUGUGUGGGCGCUGCCAGUGUGAUACUGAGUCCCAGUAUACAGAUGCCACUUGUGAAUUUUCCUAUUCAAUGCGCCUGCUUGGGGUGUGCGAGGAUAUCCGGACAUGUGUGCAGUGCCAGGCUUGGAGCACUGGCGAGAAGAAGGGCAAAAAAUGUGAAGACUGUGACAUUAAAAUAAAGAUGGUGGAUGAGCUCAAGAAAGUGAAUGAAGGCACAGAAAAGUGUACAUUCCGAGAUGAAGAGGAUGAUUGCACUUAUCAUUAUUCAGUGGAUGCACAAGCAACAACACAGGCAAACUACACUGUACUGGUGCAGAACAAAAAAGAAUGCCCACCAGGUGCCUUUAUCUGGCUCAUCCCACUACUUAUAUUCCUGAUGCUACUGCUUGGAUUGCUGCUUCUGCUCUGCUGGAAAUACUGUCCAUGUUGCAAGGCUUGUCUGGCUCUCCUCCCCUGCUGUGGUAGAGGACGGACAGUUGGAUUCAAGGAAGACCAUUACAUGCUGCGACAGAGUCUGAUGUCAUCUGAUUACCUAAACACUCCGCUAGUGCGGUCGGGACACCUCAAAGGAGGAGACACUGUGAGGUGGAAGAUCACCAACAAUGUGCACCAACCUCCACCUGCUCCAGGAACCCUGAACCCCAAGGAGCUGGUUCCAUACGGAGUCUCGUUACGGCUGGCACGGCUCUUUACAGACAACUUGUCCAAACCUCAGACCCGUGAAUGUGAUCAGUUACGCCGGGAAGUGGAGGAAAUGUUGAAUGAUGUGUAUAAGGUGAUACCGGGAACACACAAAGUGAAGCAGACAACUUUCCGGUUGCAGUCCAAUGCUGGUAAGAGACAGGAUCACACAAUUGCAGACACGGUCCUAAUGGCACCACGAGAGGCAGAGCCUGAGAUCAUAAAAGUGACAGAGAAACAUGUGGCACAAGAAGCAUUUCAAGACUUGAAGGUGUCCCCUGGAUACUACACCAUAACAUCAGACAGAGAUGCUCACGGACUGGUGGAGUUCCAAGAAGGUGUGGAAAUGGUAGAUGUCCGGGUUCCACUUUUUAUUAGGGAUGAGGAUGAUGAUGAGAAGCAGCUUCUAGUGGAGGCCCUGGAUGUACCCACGGGAACAGCUCGACUAGGCAGGAAAAAUGUCAACAUUACCAUUAUAAAAGAGCAAGCAAAAAGUAUUGUGAGUUUUGUGAAGCCAGCCUACACUUACAGCCGUCUGGACCAACUAGCCCGUGUUCCUGUUGCACGUGAGAUCCUCCAAAGUGGCAAGACCCAGGUCACAUACCGCACACAGGACCUAACUGCCCGUGAAGGCAAGGACUACACGUUCUCUGAGGGAGACAUCACCUUCCAGCCUGAUGACAAUCAGGCGGAGAUUCUAGUUCCACUCCUUGGACGGUCAGAAGUAGACACCCUGCUUGGAAACCGUCAGGUCAAGCAGUUCCUAUUAGAACUUAGCAACCCAAAAUACGGGGCAAAGAUUGGCAAAUACCCACAAUGCACCAUCACCAUCGAUGACACACCUGAUGUGCAGAAAGUAGCACAGAUUUCAUCUGUCCAGUCCCCACGUGGAAAGAUUGGAGCACCCAUCAACCUGAAUGCCCAGGCUAUCAGUGCUCGGAAAAUCCGUCUCAACUGGAUGCCUCCAGCAGGCAAAAUAUCAGGAUACAAGGUGAGGUAUUGGAUUCAAGGUGACUCUGAGUCGGACGCCACAGUCCUGGACACAAAGGUGCCUUCUGCUGAGCUGGAAAACCUUUAUCCUUACUGUGACUAUGAGAUGCGGGUGUGUGGCUACAAUGCCCUGGAAGAAGGUCCCUAUACAGACAUUGUAACCUGUCAGACUCUGGAGGAGCCUCCCAGUGAACCAGGCCGCUUGGCAUUUAAUGUCAUCUCAAGCACGGUGACACAACUGAGUUGGGCAGAGCCGGCCGAGACCAAUGGAGAUAUUACAGCUUACGAAGUAACCUAUGGCCUGGUCAACGAGGACAAUAAACCCAUUGGACCAACUAAAAGGGUGCAGAUUAACGACCCAAAGAAGCGCAUGGUCCUAAUUGAGAAUUUACGUGAAUUCCAGCCAUAUCGAUACACCGUGAGGGCCUGCAACAAGGCUGGAUGGGGCCCAGAGAGAGAGGCCACAAUGAACCUGGCCACUCAGCCCGCACGCCCAAUGUCUAUUCCCAUUAUUCCCGAUGUCCCUAUCAUCGAUGCAGAGGGCGGAGAAGAGUAUGAUAGUUACUUGAUGUACAGUACUGAUGUCCUACGCUCUCCGGUGGGCAGUAAGCGACCCAGUGUGUCUGAUGAGUCAGGCCAGCGCUGGAAGUUCGUCCCGCUUGUGGGCUCAGAGUUGGACCUGCGACGAAUCACCUGGAAAGUUCCUGCAGAGAUCAUACCGCGUCUGUCCGUUAGCAGUGUUCUGUCCACGGAUACCGAAAGCACUCUGGACCAGCCUGUUAAUGCCAACAGUUCUUUGACACGGAAAGGGACCAUCCGUGCCACACCAGAAGAGCAACUUUUAAAUGGACGUAUGGACUUCACAUUCCCUGGCUCUGGAGGCAGCCUGACUCGCACAAUGGCAUCCGGCUAUCAGCAGCUCAGCCCCCAUGUAUCGCAGGAGACAUACAGAUUCGGCAGCACCAGCUCCCAGCACACAACCAUCUCUUCAAUACACGAGCGGGUUGACGGGUACCUCCCGCCUGUGCAGGAGUACCCUGGGAGAAGUCUUGCGGGCCUACUGGUGAAGGGAUACCAUGGCAACUGCACAGCCCGGGACUCAAUAGUAAUGGCUGACAGUCCCAGAAUGACGCACUCGGUGAUAGGUGCAUCAGGACAGAGUAGACUCGGGCUGCCUCCACUUUCGGUCGGAGGUGGAAGAGGACGCACUCACUCUGAGGACGUAAGGGAUGCACUUAGCAGCCUAGAUGUGGCCUUACAAGAUGCACGCCUCUCUCCUGGGAUCCCCGAUACCCCAACUCGUUUAGUGUUCUCCGCGUUGGGACCCACUUCUUUAAAAGUGAGCUGGCAGGAACCUCAGUGUGAAAGAGAGGUUUUGGGGUACAAGGUACAUUACCAGAUGCUGAACGGAGGCGAAUCCCGAACCAUCGACAUCCCUAAUCCUCAGGAAAACUCCGUGGUAGUGGAAGAUUUGCUACCAAAUCACUCAUACAUGUUCAAAGUCAGGGCCGGAAGUGAGGAGGGAUGGGGACCAGAACGUGAAGGUGUCAUCACAAUUGAGUCACAGGUGGAUCCUCAGAGUCCACUAAGCCCUGUCCCAGGUUCUCCCUUCACCCUGAGUACACCUAGUGCCCCAGGACCCCUCGUUUUUACUGCCCUCACCCCAGACUCCCUGCAGCUUAGUUGGGUACGGCCCAGAAAACCCAAUGGAACUAUCCUGGGAUACAUGGUAACCUAUGAAAUGCUGCAUGGAGGUGGGGAACCCCGGAACAUUUAUGUUGAAGGUGAUAAACCAGAGACGACCCUAACCGUUCCCUCACUAAAUGAAAACCUCCCUUACAAGUUUAAGGUGCAGGCGAAAACUACACAAGGAUUUGGGCCCGAGAGAGAAGGCAUCAUCACCAUUGAAUCCCAGGAUGGGGGAAGUUUCUCUCAGUUUCGGGGACAGCAGAGCACACGACGAGAAAUGUUCACCCUUCCGACAGAGUACAAUCAGAGCACGGUCACCCACUCCACGCUCACCGAGCCCUACUUUACAGAUGGCAUGUCUGUCACCACUAGACGUAUGGAAAGCUCUGGAGCUUUAACACAGCAGGUCACCAAAGAGUACGUGACACGGACCAUGGUAUCUGGUGGUUCCCUUACCCGGCAAGUGGAUCGCCAGUUUUAUGAGGCUUGAGUGGAUGUGCAUGCUUGAGCGUCAUUCUAGCCAAUCUGGACAAUGAGUCAUGACACUUCUUUUCAUCUGUGUGGAUUACUCUAUCACCGUUGCCUUCUAAUCCUUUUCGCUGCUGCACAAGUAUGCUAUGUGCUUUUGCUCAUGCGACCCUGCCUUAUGAAUCCAAGAAAAUCUUGGUAUUACAAUUUUAGAAAAGGGAACAUACUGCUAAGAUUGUACUGUUAGUGAAAUAUCAGUCACUCUAGAAUCAUGCGAUAUCUUUUUUUGUUACAGUAUGAUCAAUGAAUGUCCUUUAAAUGCUGCCCAAGGCAUGCUAUAAACCAAAUUGUAUUUAACUAUUUUAUGUA